AUGCCUAAAAUCUUUUUGAUAAAAAAGCGGCUCCACGAGCAGCAGCUCGGCUUGCAAGAGGGGCAGGAGUUGCUCGCGAGCAAGGCGGACACCCUGUGCCCCGGCUCGCCGCUAGACGACGGGCCAAUUCCCCUGCUCUCCAAAAAGGAUAAGGAAUGCGUCGAUCGCGACGUUUUUGGAGAACACAAUGGAAACAAAUCACCCAACGAGAGACGGACUAAAGAACCAAGAAGAUUCAUAUCAUCGAUUCUUGGAGGUGAAAUUCCUUAUGGCAGUCACAGAGGACACGUUUUGACACAGGCUGAAAGAAAGCAAUAUUUGCCAGUAGCUGUUGAUAGCAAAAAAGUAGAAGAAAAGCCUUUAAUAAAAGAGGAGAAGGAUGCACUUCAAAGUGAACCGGUAGUUCUUCCACCACGGAAUUCUCCUUCUCCGGAAUCGGCACCUUCACCUGGAAUAGAUAAUGUUACAUGUCAAAAAGUAUCUGUUAUUCAAAGAACGCCUGCACAGUCACAGUUUCAAAACAACAAAAAGGAAUUGUCAGAUGUUCGCCUUCCAGUUACUUUACCUUCAUCAGAACCUGAACAAGAUCAGCCAAUAGAUUAUGUAAUAGCUAAAAAGAGAGGAGAAACUGAAGAUGAAGAAACUGAAAAGAAAAUAAGAGAGCAAAGGCGAACGAGUAGUUCUAAAAUUGCUAAUAGCAUUCUGGCUAGGCCAAUUCUUGUCUUAAGAAAUCGUCCUGGAACUAAGCUGCCCGGUAUUAUGAACGCCGCUGCGGGUCACGGCCGAUCAACAAAUGGAAAUAGUUCAAAUUCUGGUUCUCAGAAUACGAGUGGCUCAGGGAACUUUAGCUCCAGUGGCGGCAGCGCAGCACCUUCUUCGGGAGGUGGUGGUGGAGCUCUUGGGGGUGGGUCUGGUAGUGGAGGCAACGGAGGACGCGACGGAAGAUCUAACUAUGGACCUAAUAGCCCACCCACAGGAAGUCUACCACCUUUUUACGAAACUUUGGGGCCAAACACCAAAGGAGGCCAGAACUCAUUCAACGCAAAUAGCAAUUUUACAAAUGAAUUUAAUAUGAUGAAUGGCUUCAAUAUGGAAUGUGAAAAUACAGAAAACGCUAAUACAAACUUCCCAGAACAAAGUAAGCAAUACUCUUUGAUGCAAAAUGCACACUAUGGAAUAGCGUUAAAGGACGAAGAAAUUGACUAUGAUAGAAUUGAGAAUAAAUUAGAGAAUCUUGGUUCAAUCGGAGGUUACAGUAACAAUUUCGAUGACUCAAUGGUAGUUGAUAUGGGUGACGAUGUGAUUGAUAACAACCAAUUUUACACAACUUUGACAUUUGCCCCUAACGAAGGAAUUUUAAGUAAUCUCUCUGACUCAACUGACAUAACUGAUCUAUUAAAUAACCACGUCGAACAAAUCACGGAUUCAGAGAUACGAGAGUCAUCAUCAAUCACCCCAGACUCUGUGCACAAUGGUGUCGAUAUUGAAUCACUAGCAGAGCAAGUUAAUCUAAGCAGACAGUAUUAUGAAAAAGCUAACUAUAUCGCCUUUGCAAAUCAAGAGCAAGGAUCUUCAUAUGGUUUUCCCAAAGAAAGGCCAGAUUUAUUAAUGCAACUUAAUCCAGCCCUUCUUCCCCACAACGAAGGGCAAAUGCAGCAACUUCAAAUUCAUGUGCAACUUCAACAAAGGCAACAAAUUCUAUCUCCUGGUUUCCCCUUCACUAGUCACUCCCUGGACUUGGAUUCUCCAACCGGUGUAUCUCUUCCAUCACCCGGCGGCAACAGCUCUCUGGAUGGCAACAAUCACAUCGAGAACUCAUCUUUAAGCCCGGCAGCUGCUGUAAGUCUGAAGAAAGGCUCUAUCGCCGAUAGCAAAAUUCAAAUUUUGCAACAAAGGUUGGGCCUGCCAUCGGAACUACCCCUAGAAUUUAUUAACGGCGGCCACGGAGUAAAGAAUCCUCUUGCCACAGAAGCGAAUGCCCGACAACGAGAGGAGGAGAAAAAUAAACAAGUAUUAGUGAGCGAGGAUGAUCCAACGAAGUUCGUGUGCAGAGUGUGCUCCAAGAACUUUACCCUGCAAAGGCUUCUAAAUCGGCACAUGAAGUGUCACUCUGAUGUUAAACGAUACCUUUGCACAUUCUGCGGUAAAGGUUUCAAUGACACAUUUGACCUGAAAAGACACACGAGAACACAUACCGGUGUCCGACCAUACAAAUGCAAUCUGUGUGAAAAAUCCUUCACCCAGAGAUGCUCAUUAGAAUCACAUUGCCUGAAAGUGCAUGGAGUACAACACACUUAUGCCUACAAAGAAAGAAGGACUAAGAUGUAUGUAUGUGAAGAAUGCGGACACACAACCUCCGAGCCUGAGGAACAUUACAUGCAUCUCAAGAAGCAACACCCAUAUUCUCCAGCAUUACUAAAAUUUUACGAUAAGCGACACUUCAAAUUCACAAAUGCCACAUUUGCAAAUCAGCUACUAGGUCAAUUACCAAUGCCAGUUCACAACUAA